GUUUGGCGGCCGGUCGUGAGGAUGGUGCGAUCUGUACGUGAACAAAGAAAAAUAUUUGUUUGCAAGUGUAUACUGGAUAAUGUCGUCUGAGUCUUCAAAAAUACAAGUGGAAUACAUAAACGAGGACAAAAGUAUCAAGCAGGAGGGCAGCGGCACCCAGUCGCCCCUAGCGCUCCUGGCUGCCACGUGCAGCCGCCUGGGCGCCGCCAGCAUGGGGCCCGAGCAGCAGGCGCAGGACCAGGACAAACAGCACUACAGUCCACAGCAUCAACAACAGGCCCAACAACAACAACAACAGGCACAACAACAACAGCAACAACAACAGGCUCAACAGCAGGCUCAGCAACAGCAACAAGCUCAGCAACAGGCCCAGCAACAAGCCCAGCAACAACAAGCCCAACAACAGGCGCAACAACAAGCCCAGCAACAGGCACAGUUGAUACAGCAGCAAGUCCAAGGAGAUGCGGCGACGAUAGCGGCGAUACAACAACAAUAUUUGCAACAACAACAGCAACAGCCGCAAGUAAGGGUCAUCAGCUCGGCUGUCGUGCAGCAGUUGAGGGCCCAAGGUCUAUCAGGCAACGAAUUAUCAGCAGCCAUUGUGAACGCAGCCAACUCAGUACCAAAUGGCAUUCAGGUUCAACAACCUCAGGUCAUAUCAAUGCAGCAAUUGCAGUCGAUAUUAGGAGGCGGUGUGGUGUCGAGCGAUGGCACCACAUACCAAAACUCGCCGCAGCAGCUGUUACAGAUACACCCGCAACUGUUACAGCAACAAGCGGGAGGCAUCUACGGCAGUUGCUUGGUGGGUGGCGUAGGCGGCGUGGGAGGCGUAGGAGGCGUGGCGCCCAUGCAGGCCGUCACUGUAGACGGACAGGAGGCUUUGUUCAUCCCUGCACAGCAUGCACAGAACUUCUCCGGCAUGGGGCAAGUGAGCCUAGUCAACGGACAACUGGUGCGGGCGCUGCCGGCCGGCUUCCUGCAGAACGUCAUGCAUCUACCCGCCGAGCAACAGGCGACGGUCAACAUCCCGGGCACUAACCUCUCGAUCCCAUUAAGCGCUUUGACCGGGAACCAGAUGAUCACGAUCCCGGGGUCCAAUAUUGCGAUCCCGGCCGGGAUUCAGAUCCCGACGAGUCAGGCUAUCUCGAUCCCGAGCUCCACGGGCGUGCAGAUGCAGCAGCAAGACAAGGCCGACUCUAAGGAGCAGAAGGACGCCACCAGCCCCGAUCCACAAGGCGCAGGCGUGGCCGUACGUGGCGUGGGCGGCGUGGGAAGCGUGGGCAGCGUGGGCAUGGUGCCGGUGCAAGUGCCGGUGAGCGUGGCUGGCGGCCAUACUGUGUACCAGACCGUGCACGUGCCUAUGCACGCGCCGCACCAUCUGCAGCUGAUACCUCACGCGCACCAGAUGCAACAACCCCAGAUUGCCAACGUGUUGACGCCGUCAGGUCAAAUUCAACAGAUACAAAUAGCGUCAUUAGCAAAUGUUCAGCAAAACGGAGGCACGCAGGCCGCCGCCAGUGCCGCACCCACGCCUGCGACCAUCACUCUGCAGGUCCCAACGCUGGGUGUGGGCGGCGUGGGCGGAGGGGUGCAAUUGGUCCCAGCGCUGGGACUCCCUGGGGUGCAGUUGGCUCAACUUCAUCAACCUCAACCGCAGCCGCAGCCUGUUAUAGGCCAACAAAUCCAGCAAGACCCCAACGAGCCGGGCAAGUGGCAGGUGGUCACCGUGAGCACGGCUAGCAACAACAGCAACAACAAUUCGGGCAACAACUCCGGGACGGAAUGCGAGGCCAGCAAGCAGCGCGCCUCCAGUCCUUCUGGCAACAAGCGGCUCAUGAAGCGGGUGGCGUGCACGUGCCCUAACUGCGACUUGGGAGAGAACAACAACAGCAACAACAAUUCGGGCAACAACUCGGGGACGGAAUGCGAGGCCAGCAAGCAGCGCGCCUCCAGUCCUUCUGGCAACAAGCGGCUCAUGAAGCGGGUGGUCACCGUGAGCACGGCUAGCAACAACAGCAACAACAAUUCGGGCAACAACUCGGGGACGGAAUGCGAGGCCAGCAAGCAGCGCGCCUCCAGUCCUUCUGGCAACAAGCGGCUCAUGAAGCGGGUGGCGUGCACGUGCCCUAACUGCGACUUGGGAGAGAACCGCCUGGUAGACCGCAAGAAACAACACGUGUGUCACAUCGCGGGCUGCAACAAGGUGUACGGCAAGACGUCCCAUCUGCGUGCGCAUCUACGUUGGCAUUCGGGCGAGCGCCCUUUCCUCUGUAACUGGCUGUUCUGUGGAAAGAGGUUCACCCGUUCCGACGAGCUCCAAAGGCAUAGACGCACGCAUACCGGCGAGAAACGCUUCGAGUGUCCCGAGUGCAGCAAGCGGUUCAUGCGCUCCGACCACCUGGCCAAGCACGUGCGAAUACACACCAAGAACCGCAUCACGGUAUGUGCACGAUACACACACAUCACUAGCUGA